CCCCAGCAGCAGAUUUCACUGCUCAAGUCAUCGUUUUGAACCACCCUGGUCAGAUAAUGAAUGGAUAUUCCCCUGUGCUGGAUUGUCACACAGCCCAUAUCGCUUGCAAGUUUGCUGAAAUCAAGGAAAAGUGUGAUCGCCGUACAGGCAAAACUGUGGAAGAGAACCCGAAGGCGAUCAAAUCUGGUGACUCGGCUAUUGUGAAGCUCAUUCCUUCGAAGCCCAUGUGCGUGGAGGCGUAUACGACUUUCCCUCCAUUGGGUCGCUUCGCUGUUCGUGACAUGCGACAGACUGUUGCAGUUGGUGUCAUCAGGAGUGUGACCCCGAAAGACGCCGGUAGUGGCAAGGUCACCAAGGCCGCCGAAAAAGCCGCUAAGAAGAAGUAGCUAUGCAAGAAUCUGUGCGCUGCACUCGAAGUCGUGGAAUCGACAUAUUCUGAAGCAAGUUAUUGUUGCCAAGUUAGUCCUGCGGUGGAAUGGAGAUUUCAAGCCCUUGUGAUGAAGCCGGUCUACCGAAUUUUUGUUUUGUUGCUGCGUUUGAAGCGCGGCGCUCAUAGAAAAAUGUUCCGCAGGAAAACUGAAUGGUAUUCCGUUUUCGUGGCCCCCAUAUGCAUUUCUUGACGCUUCAACUUCGUUGAUGAAAAUUGUUGAUUCCGUUGCUUCGUGUGUUUCAUGCUGGGCUCGUGCUUCGUUUCUGGUUUGGGUGAAAUGCAAAAUUCGAUGAAGGAAGGA